ACAUCCUGUCGGUGGGGUUGCCCAGUCGGGCGGGUUGUACUCGACAGGUCCAGCAAGCAUGCAGGAAAGCACAGGUGGAGCAAAAGCGGAUGCUAAAGUGAAUAAUCAGUCAGAAACUUCUAAAUGUGAAAUGGAAAGUGGUGACGAGAACACCGGAGUCCAAACCAAUGGACUGGACUUUCAGCGGCAGACGGUGCCAACCACAAUCUCUAACGCACAUGCGCAAGCCCUCUUCCAACAGUCGAAGUCGGAAGACUCGGCCGCUCUUCCUGCCUCCGUCCAGCAGAGCGUGUUGCCUCAGACCCAGCUAAUGUUGGCAGGGGGACAGAUUGCUGGAUUGACCCUGAGCCCGGCGCAGCAGCAGCUGCUGCUCCAGCAGGCCCAAGCUCAUCUGCUGGCUGCAGCCGUGCAGCAGCAGCAGCAGCAGCAGCAGCACUCCGCCAGCCAGCAGAGCAGCACCACUGGAGCCAACAUCUCGGCCACCGCAGCCGCGCCGAUCACCCAGCUGCCCCUGUCACAGCCCAUCCAGAUCGCCUCUCAGCUGCCGCAGAAUCUAACCCUGCCUCAGUUUGUCCUGGUUCAGUCUGGUCACCCGAUCGCAACGCCGUUGCAGUCCACUCAGUUUAUCAUCUCGCAGACGCCGCCGGCCCAGCAAGGCAUAUUGCCAGCCCAGAGUCUUCUAACUCAACUACCUCAAAGCCAAGCUAACCUCCAUCCGACUCAACCAAGCAUUACCCUUGCAACUCAGCCUGCAUCUCCAACUCGUACGACGGCAACCACCAACAUUCAGAGUCUGCCCCACAGUCAGACGCCCCCCAAGCGGAUGGACACCCCCACGAUGGAGGAGCCCAGUGAUCUUGAAGAGCUGGAGCAGUUUGCCAAAACUUUUAAGCAGCGGCGAAUCAAACUGGGCUUCACACAGGGGGACGUUGGCCUGGCUAUGGGGAAGCUGUACGGAAACGACUUCAGCCAAACCACCAUUUCUCGCUUUGAGGCCUUGAAUCUGAGCUUUAAGAACAUGUGCAAACUCAAGCCUUUGCUGGAGAAAUGGCUUAAUGAUGCAGUUUGUGCAGAGAAUCUGACAUCUGACCAGUCCUUGUCCAGCCCCAGUGCCCUGGGCUCCUCAGGCUUGGGCAUAGAGGGCAUCAACCGCAGGCGGAAGAAAAGGACCAGUAUCGAGACCAACAUUCGAGUGGCCUUAGAAAAGAGCUUUCUGGAGCAGAACCAAAAACCUACCUCUGACGAGAUCAGCAUUAUCGCUGACCAGCUCAACAUGGAGAAGGAGGUGAUCCGGGUCUGGUUCUGCAAUCGCCGACAGAAAGAGAAGCGGAUUAACCCGCCCAGCAGCGUCAAUAAUGGAGGAGGCAGCACAUCCAUCAAGACCAUCUUUACCCCCAGCAGCCCUUUGGUGGCAAGCACAGCAAGCCUUGUUAGCAGUCCAACUAUUAACACAUCCACCACCCUGACUAUAAACCCAGUGAUGCCUCUCACCAGCACCAGUGUCUCUAGUUUGGCUUUCACAGGCACAACAGUCGGAGGCACAAACACUGCAUCGGUCAUCUCCACCGCACCUGUUCUUACCACGUCAACCAGCGCUCCAUCGAUAAGCCCAUCCACGACCACUGUUCAGUCCACAUCCACAGACAGCAAAACCAGCAUUCAGGCGCUGGUCACGCAGGCUCCGACGUCCAUAGCGACGUCCUUAGGGACGGGCCAGGUGAUGGUGGCCACUCCGGGCCUAACCACAGCCCAGCUGCCCACUAGUGCCAGCUUUGCAGCCAUGGCUGCAGCUGCAGGGCUGACCCAGUUCACUCCAGGGGGCGCCCUCCUUAGCCUGACUCCUGGGGGGCUUGGCAGUGCAUUGAGUCCUCUGAUGAAUAACAGCACUCUGGCUGCAAUUCAAGCACUGGCGUCGGGCGGUCCCAUCCCCAUCACGUCUCUGGACGGCGGCAACCUGCUGUUCGCCAACACCUCGGCCGCCAACACGCCCAACCUGGUGACCACGCCGCUCUUCCUCAACCCCCAGAACCUGUCGCUGCUCACCAGCAACCCCGUCAGCCUGAUGUCGGCGGGGGCGGGCGGGCUCCAGGUCACCGCCGACGCCCACCACCACCAGGUCACCACCGCUGCCGUGCCUGUGCAAGCCUCGACCAUUACCACUGCCUCCAAGGCUCAGUGAAGCCUCGCUCCCGACGCCUCGUUUCCUGCCGCGAGCACUACUUCCCGUCACUACGGGCGGGGGACACAGGCUUCGCUACCCGCCCCCCACACUUUUCACAUUAGAAGUAGAACAUUAUUUAAUGGAUUUGCUGCCACCAAAAAGAAAACGACAUCCAAUAUAAUUGGGCUUAGGUUUUGUUUUUUUCCUCUGUCUUUCUUUUUUGUUUUCAAUAGUUCUCAAUAUUUUCUUUCACAAACACUCUUGUUGGCCUGAAAAAAAAAAUAAAAAUAAUAACUCUGCACCAUCACACUAUUAUGUACAUAUUUCCUCCUAUUACGAGGUCAGAAUCACAACUGACACGUCUAACCAAAAAAACUAAAUCUUGUCCCUUCUAACAUUUAAAGUUGAGUCUUUUUCACUAAUUUCACAAUGUUUUGUCGUGACUAACAAGGGUUUGUGCAUCACUUUCUUUCUGUUUUUUUAUUAAUACUUUUGACAGGCCUCAACUUAAAUCAUAUCAAAGUUGUACUCUUCUUUGCAUUUCGUUUCUAUGUAUUUUUUUUUUUUUAGACUUUAAAAUCUAUAUAAUUCUAAUAAGUUAAUAUUCACCUAUCACUUUUUAAUCGUGGUUAUAAGGCUUUAAAUACAAGUAAUAAGUGGCCGAUUUAAAGGUUAUCAUUGCUUUAAGGGUCGGAGGUGACUGGGUGGGUCUCUCUGCGUCUCUUCUCUGGAAACACUGAGUUUUACAAGUUGCUGUGGCGGUCGAAAGGCCUCUUAGCUUUUGUAAAAUGAGGGUCUAGUUGUGGAUUGUUGACACUGACAGAAAAUGGCUCGAAAUAUUUGUGUGGAAAGCUUUUAUAGAGAGCGAGCUGCAGCCACGUAUUCGGACGAGGUGGUUUAGGUCGCAAUGUGCUUUCUACAGCUCUUCCAGAUCAGUUUCUGGCAGUGUGUUGUUUUUUUGAGGAGGGGCAUGUACUCGCAGUACUGGCUCCAUGGGAUUUUAUUGUGGGUUUGUGUUUUUUUUUUUUUUUGUUGUUGUUUUUUUUCUUUUUAGUAGUAGUACUGUCAUAUAUCAUAUAUGAACUUGUGCACAGUAUCUGUACCAAAAAAAAAAACUGGAUCGAUGAGCUGCAGUUUGCCUGAUUUUUGGAGGAAUGAAUACGUACUUUAAGAUAUACCAAAAAUAUUUGUUAAAAUAGUUGCUGUGUGUAGUCAGUGUAGCUUAGUCUAGUCGAUAUAUUUAUGAGUGCAGAAUCUCUCUUCAUUGUCAACAGAAUAUAGAAAUGCUAUAUUUUGAUGACCAUUUUCCAAAGAUAACAUUGUUUUUUUUUGUUUUUUUAUUGUUCUAGUUUUAUGUCUUAAUUGGCAGCACUACUCGCCAACAUGAGAGGAAUGCGAUGGUUGUGAGAAAUUGCUUUCUUUUUUACUUUUAUGAGACAUGUUUGUUAAUUUUUACCACCUGGGCUUUGCCCUCAAUUUUUUAACAGGUUUUUUCAGAGCCGUUUUCAAGGCAUUCUUUUUUUUUUUUUUUUUUCCUAAUCUGUUCUAGUAGCAUUUUCGACGUUAUUUUCUGAACCGUAGUGGAAAGUAGGCAUGGGCCGGUAUGAUAGACUUCAGUAAAAAUACCAAGUUUUACGCUUUUCAGAUGAUCUAUUUUCUUUCUGUUUUUUUUUUUUAAACACUUUUUUAAACGCUUGUAGCUCGGCCGACUGUCAUGUCAGAGUAGUUCCUUGAUAAGAGUGAAGAAUUUUUUUUGGAGGCUCAAAAUAUUUCCAAACAGCUGAUAUAUAUAUAUAUAUAUGUGUGUAUAUAUAUAUAUAUAUAUAUAUAUAUAUAUAUAUAUAUAUAUAUAUAUGUAUGUAUAUAUAUAUAGUUUGUUUUGUAAUUGAGAGAAAAGUGUAGUUGCCUUCUUUUGAUCAGCUGCACAGCAUCACUAUUUCAAGUUGCAGAAAAGAAAUCUCUGGCAUUGAAUUAAAUAGACUUUAACCAUAGGAACUGUUUGUAACAGGUAACCAGCCCAUGCCUAAUGGACCUUUUUGUUUGUUUGUUUUGUGCUAAUAUUCAGCCAUAAAACAACAGCUCGAACCAAAGCGGUUUUACUCAGUAGUUGCUGUGCCUGCCGGAGCACACAAGUUGCUGUUCACAUGGUUUCUACGACUUUCCCCGCCCGUGCAAGCAGUUUUUCCCUCAUCUCCAAAUGCCAGAUUCUCCCCGAUUUGGUGCUGCUGGAACCAGAUCACAGAAACUUAGCUUUAACAACUUGCUGCAGAAGCUCCCGACGGGGAGCCGAGCUGUCGAGAGGCCUGCAUGCUUCCUUUAUAGCUUUAAGACUACGCCCUGUGGAAGUCGGGGUUUGGUAGUUUCGACCCUCCCACUGGGAGGACUCACCUGUGUAAAUGCAUAAACCCAAUCGUCGGAGAACGUUCUUCAUGUUCGUCUCAGCGUCGCCGCUUUGACCCAUUGUGUCUGUGGAUUGGUUGUAAACCCACCAGACUGUUUUACGAAGCAGCACAUUCAGUCACACCCCACCGAAAAGUAGCAUUGAUCUAUAUCCAAAUGAUGACGUUAGCUCCUGCAGUGAUUUUUAUUAUUUUUCUGUGACUGUAAGUCGUGAAAUUUGUCCACACGAUCCUCCUCCUUGUUUUCUUUUUAAUAAUUGUGACUAAAUAUACCUCAGCAGAAACUUCAACAUAGGUUCACCGUUAGACAUUUCUGGGUGUAGAAUGUAUAAGUACUGUCUGGCUUCACCAUUCAGAGGUUAUACCGUUCAUAGGAACCACAACGUUAAAGGACAACCUACUACUACUACUACUGCUAUUUUCUAGUACUACUAUUUAAAGGGUGUUUCUGGGUUUAAGUGUUUUUUUUUUUGUUUGUUUUUUUAGAACUUUCUUGCCAAAGUAAAAGCCUUUUCUCGUCAAAGCUUUGUGGAUGUCUGGCCCCCUCCACCCUGCAGGGGGCGCUCAGUUCCUGCCCCCCUCUUUAGUCCUUAUGUUUCACCAUGACGAACCAGCUGGCACCAUAGGAUGUUACUGAAAUAUUUAUCUGAGGAAAGACUUAACGAUUAGAGAAGCAACCUUUUCUUAAUUCUAUAUAAAUAUAUAUAUAAACACGUGUAAGAUAUUCAUAUUUUAUAUUUGAACUAGUAUGUUAUCAAGAUUGAAUGUAGUGUUUAUCAUUCUAACUCAAAAGAAUAAAUCUCCCCGCAAUCUUUUAAUGCUUUAUUCACUUUUUUUUUUUUUUUUACCUGACCAAAAAUAUGACAGGAAGUUGGUGAGGAUGCCUCUGUUUUUGACCGGAGGAACUCGAGACGCUGAAGCAUCUGACCUUAUUGCUUUAUCUUAUAAUUAUUAUUAUUAUUAUUAUUGCUAAUGUUUUAUUUUUGCGUUGUUGUGAAUUUGAUUUGCUGUGUUGUCUUUAACAAUCAUUUUUCUUUAACUAUUUUGCCUUUUUUUUUGUAUAGCGUGAGAGGAUAAGAUCACUGGCUUUUGUAGUUUGACGAGAGAGGAUUAACAUGAUCAUUUAUGCCUUACUGUUACGUAGAAGACAUGAGCAUUGUAGCGUUGUGUUGGGCUGUGUGUGUGAAGGCUAAUCUGGUGCAUUUCGUUGAAAUGGUAGAUAUCUGGGGCAUUUUGGAGUGGAUUAGUGAUGUGUGUUUUGAUUUGGCCAGGUUGGGAAAUGCUUUACUUGUAAUUCCAGUUGCUUUUUGUGUGUGAAAGUGUGUUUGGGUUGUCUGCAAACCUUUACGGUGCAUUUUCCCUCAUCUUCCAGCUGGUGUAAGGAGUGAUUUUCUCUUUUCUUUCAUUUAUCAAAAAGUUUGUUAUAGAUGAGUGCUUACUUCUUUUUUUUUUCUUUUUUUUUUUAUAGAUAUAUUUUUGACUGAGUUCGUCUACUGAUUACAUCACAGGCUUCAAGCAGGCCGUUCGCCGAGCCUGCUCUGGGAAAAUCCUACCGUUUGUGGUUGAUUUGUUUGUUUGUUUUUUUAAUUUGAUAUUCUUAUGAGCUGUUUUCUUGGCUUUUAGUGCUUCACUGUCAGUAGGUGAUCUUGAGACUUCAAGGCGUUCUCGUGGUUCAACCAGGCGACUAUAUUGAGCCCGAUUAUGUCAGUUUGCUGUGGAGGAAGAACAGGUGGACCACCAGUAAGGCAAAACAGACUGUUGUAUACCUCAUUUCUUAACUCAAAACUGAGUAAAACCUGCUUUAAUCUACUUAUAAGAUAAGAAAAAUGUUUUUAUAAGUAAAAAAAAAUAAAAAAUGUCAGAGAAGCCUGCUCAUACCUGUACUGCCACAAGGUGGAGGCAGAUUACACACCAGUGCUUGUGAAUGUCUGCUGUUUUUUUUCCUUCACGACUUGUGCACACACGUGUCUUUAUAUUUGUCAGAACUGAAAAAUCUGCAAUCUUUUGUUGCCACUUUUGUUCAUUUCCUACCCUCGUCUUUGUGUUUAUACACUUCCUUUUAAGUUUGACAAUCCUGUUUUUUUGUUUGUUUUUUUUUUUGUCCAUAUUUUUGUUUGUCAUUUAUGACACGGUACAAGUAUGCGCAGGUUUCCUCCUGUCGUGGCCCGCUCUCGGUUUCCUGUGGUACCAACGCUAACCAAAGACUUCUAACUUGAUUGUACACGAGCAACGCCGUCGUCUCGCCCAUCCCCGCCUCACUACUCAGCAUCUAAUCCAGGCUGCACUCCCUCCACGUCCCCCAUCCUCCAGAGUCCCAAAGCAUUUCAACUGUAAGGGGAUGUUGUUGCUUUUUUUGUUUUUGUUUUUGUGCUUUUCUCGUAGUGAAUGUGCGUCCUGUCGGUGCAGCGGUUUCAGUGCCUGUGGGCGGGGAUCGGAGGGGGCUGAGCGGGCCUCUGAUGGGCACGAACCAAUGUGGCGAUAGCUGGGUGAUGUUUGUUAAUACACGCUGAGGGUGGAUCCUGUGCACGCUGUACCUGCUCAGGACUUUGUACGUCCUCCUUUACUUUCCUCCAUUGCGUCUUUCUCUUUCUCAAGGACUUCUUCUUCCCCUCGCUCCCCCCUUCAUGUCUCCAGAAACACACGUCCUUCCCUUCACCGUCGUCUCUUCUCUACAGACUCUGUGACACUAUGCAUCACGGUCCGUCCCCGGCCGGCUCAGACCCGACGGGGCUUCGGUGACACUUUUGUCUAAGGCUUUACUCCAGGCGAGGCCGUCCGGCACUCACAAGCGCUAUUCCAAAGCAAAAAUCCAAAUAUUUAAACUUUUUUGACAAACGCAUAUACCAAAGAUCUCUCUUUCUCUUUCUCUCUUUCUGUGUCGCCCUUCCUGCCCUGCAGCAUGUGUAUUAAGAGACAAAACCCAGCUCUGGCUUUUAGUCCUUAGCCUCAGUAAUUCCAAAGCUUAGAUGUAUAUUUUGGUAUAUUUCUGAGAAGAAAAAAAACAAACAAAAAAAAAAACUUGUGUGAAAAGCGUCUGUUUGUUGUAACCUCUUUAUUUGUUUUAAUUUUCUGCCACAGCAUGGAACUAAUUGCAGAGCUGUCUUACUCUUAGUAGGUUAAAGAUAUGGUAUUUUUGUAUGUUUUUUGGGGUGUGUCACGUGUGCGAAUAUCAGUUUUCCGGCCCAGGCAACCACAGCUUUCAAUAAAAAAAAAUUUUGAAAAAUAAUAAUAAUAAAAAAAAGAGAUGACAACCAUGUACAUAUUAUGUCAGUGUAUCUCGAGAAAUGUGUUCUGUAAAACAAUUCAUGUUGGAAGCUUGGGCUGAGCUAAAGGAAUGUGUUCCCGUUUUAUUUUCCUCCUUUUUCUUACUCUGCAGUCUAUCCAUUUACUUUCCAGGACUCGAAUGUAAGGAGUUUUGGUUCUCACCUGAAAUACAACACUGAGAGAGGGACACUGCUCUGAUAUUAUUACUAAAAAGAAUAAUAAUAAUAAUAAAAAAAUUUAAAAAACAGAAAAAUAAGUAAAGGCCUCCAGUCCGGGAGGUUUAGAAAUGAAAGAUUGUGUAGGAGUUUUAAGUAUGUGAAUCAGGAUACAUAGUAGAUUUUGAUGCAUUUGUCUGCUGUAUUUUUGUUUUUUGUUUUUAUACACAUACAAAGAUAAUCUUUUACUGUAAAUGUACAGUUUUUUUUUUGUUGUAAACAUCAUUAAAACUGUUUUCCAAGUGU